AUGGUGCCUUUGGAGGUUAGCAUGCUGAUAGUUAAUCCUACACCUCCCCCACCCAAAGAAAACAUUGACGCAGAUGUAAGGAUUUCCAGUGUGAUAUUCUUUGACUUUUCUAAAGGGCUACUCAUGAGUGAGAAGCUGCGCUGCACAUCUUAUUUCCCUGAAGCCUGUCUGGAGACGGGAGAGCUAACCUGUCUCCUAUUAACCGACCCUGUUAAAGAAAACAGCAGCAGCAGCAAAGAAAGAGCUGAAAGGAUGCUGAAAAGGGGUGAAGUUGUUAAGAGUUACCUGAAUGCUGCACUUGAAUUAAACAUGGAGUCACAGCCAGGCCCAAAAUGCCCUGAGAAAACAGAAGCUGUAGCUGUGGAUGAAGAUUAUGGCCUAGGCCUCCUUGAAAACCGGCUCAGAGUGGAGGACUUCAUGAAGAUACAGCAGGUCUUUGAGUCCCCAGAGCCAAGUGAAUCCAUCUGUAUGCCCAGAGAAGAAUUCAUGCAGAAGAUGACAGAGACGGUUGGUUGGGGCACAAAGGAAGAAUAUGGGGAGCUCUUUGACAAGGUGGAUGUGGCCCAGGAUGGCUUCAUUGAUUGGGACAAGCUGACUUCAUUUAUACUGUUAUCGCUUUAUGAAAGAGAUGAACGAACAAAGGCAAUGGAGGUUCCUCAGUGGAAGGACCUUGAAUUCCUCCCAGGAAAACACAGGGACACCAUUCAGAAAGUAGUUUUCUUAAAAAGUUCACGUCGUUACCUGACCAUCAGUAAAGAAGGCUUACUAGGAGUCUGGGGAGAGAAUUUAAAGUUGCAAGAAGCACUUCCCAUCACUUCAGAUGCCACCAGGCUCAAGCACCUGUGGGUGACAAGCCUGGUUUCUCUGGAAAAUGUAAACAAGAUAGCAGUGGCUUUUACAAGCAAAGAAAUUUGUUUCUAUGAUCUGCUGUCCAAAGAAGAAUUCCCUUGUCAAUACAAACUUCAAGGCCUAAAAGGAACACCAAUCUGCAUGGAUUAUUGGUAUGAUCCUCUUGAUGCCAAAGAAUCGAUUCUUUCAUUUGGGGAUAUAACUGGAAAGGUUCAAGGAAUUGUUUUCACAGCAGCCUUGAUUUCCCUUUUUGAGCGGCCUGCUAGUUCAUGUGAUGAUGAAGAUGCCACCAUGACCAUUGACUGGACAGAGCUGCUCUCUGGAGGUCACAAAUGCUGCCACGUGUUAGAGCACAAGUUUCACCAUGGAGACUGGGUCAGGCAAGUUACUUACAAUGCAUCUUUAGAUGCUUUCAUUUCUAACACAACCAGCAGUACAAGAUCUAUGGUUCUGGCUUGGAGAGAGAAAUCAAAAAAGCAUCUUAAAAUGACAUCUUUCAACAUUGCUCAGGGCAUCCACGCUUUUGAUUACCACUCUCGGCUCAAUUUAAUUGCAACAGCUGGCAUCGACAACAAAGUUUGCCUUUGGAAUCCUUACCUUGUCUCUAAGCCAGUUGGUGUCCUGUGGGGUCACUCAGCCAGUGUCACUGCAGUCCAAUUCUUUGCUGAAAGAAAGCAACUUUUCAGCUUUUCUAGGGAUAAAGUUUUGAGACUCUGGGAUAUUCAACACCAGCUGUCCAUCCAGAGGAUGGCUUGUUCUUUCCCCAAAAGUCAGGACUUCAGGUGCCUUUUCCACUUUGAUGAAGCCCAUGGGCGACUUUUCAUCUCCUUCAAUAAUCAGCUGGCCUUGUUGGCCAUGAAAAAUGAAGCCGGCAAGAGGGUGCAGAGCCACGCGAAAGCUGUCACUUGUGUCCUUUACAACUCCCUCCUGAAGCAGGUAAUCAGCUCUGAUGUGGGGUCUACUGUUUCCUUCUGGAUGAUAGACACUGGGCAAAAAAUCAAACAGUUUACUGGUUGCCAUGGCAGUGCAGAAAUCAGCACCAUGGCCCUUGAUGCAAAUGAGACCCGGCUUUUGACUGGCAGCACAGAUGGGACUGUAAAGGUAUGGGACUUUAAUGGACAUUGUCACCACACCCUAAAUGUUGGGCAAGAUGGAGCUGUGGAUAUUUCACAGAUUCUGGUUCUUAAGAAGACGAUACUGGUCACAGGCUGGGAGAGAGCUGUUACUGUGUUUCGACCCCAGAACUUCAAUCAAUUUUUGAUCCAGUCUGAAGAAUGGAAAGGGGGAGUCCGUCACCAUGAGGACAUCUUGUGUGCUGCUUUUUUACCUCCACACACUCUUGCUACAGGGAGCUAUGAUGGGGAAAUUAUUCUGUGGAACAACAGUACAGAAAUUGCUCACCAUGUCCUUCAUCCUGAUUACCAGAGGCAGCUGACAUCCAAAUUAGAUCCAAAAGCCCGAAAGCUCAGUGCAGAUAGGGGAUGCCCAACUCACUCCCCAGCAGACCAGACUGUCCUGGCUGCCCAUAGUUUUGAGAUUGACACAGAGGGUAAUAAUGCUGUUAUGAGGCUUUGCUUCCUUGAAGCAAGAAAAAUCUCUGCAAUAACAGGAGGUGCUAACCUGGUGUCAUGUGGAGGAUCUGGUUAUGUCAGGUUCUGGGACACACUGAAGAAAGAACUCGUAGCUGAAUUUUUGGCUCAUGCUGGAGUUGGAUCCAUUACUAUGUCUAUUGAUAAAAUGAAUCGAUACCUAGUCACAGGAGAUCCUGAAGGAUGGUUGAAAAUCUGGAACAUAGAGGAGUAUUGUCUUAAUUCCAUGAAGAACAAAAUCACCCAGAUGCCAGCCCUGAUCAGAUCCUUUCAGCCUCAUGAAGACCGGAUAAGUUCCUUGGAGAUCUGUGAAUCAGGUGGCCAUUUGCUGAUUAUCUCUUCCUCCUCAGACUGCAGUGUUUGUGUGACUGGGCUUUGCAAUGCUCCUAGCUUGAUCUUUGGUCAGGCAAGUCAUUGGCAUAUUGAAAACUGUUUUUCUCUUCCUGAAAGAGACUCAACUUUAAUAGAAAGUGAGAAUCAAGAAGAAAACAUGAAAGUAAAACCUUUAUUUUUAGAAGAGAAUUCUUGUUUUGACACCACAGAACAUUCUCUUCUUAAUGAGGAAAAUAAAGAUAACUCAACAUACAUUGUCAGAUCGUCAGAAGAAAUAAAUCUAGGUAUGAAAUAUAAGGAGAGAAAUAGCUACAAGAAAAGAACACACAAAUCUUGCUAUGGUGAAAUGAUACAAAAGUCAGCUAGCACAUUUAGGUCACUAAGCCUCAGAGCCCUGGAAGAGCCGCCUGAAGUAAAUAAACCAGCGUUUCUUCUAGAGCCUGAGAACUACUUUAGAGAAGAGCCACAGGAAGAGGAGGAGCUCCAAAUCCCAGAGCUUCCUUCCCUUUCUGAAACUUUGAAAGCUGUGUUUGAUGAGAAAAACCUGUUCCCCAAAGAAAUUCUGGAUUGUGAAAGACAAGCCAAGCAAUUGCAUCAGAAAACAAGCAGUGAAGUGAAGAUAAGAAAUAAGAAGCAAUUAUGAUAGAAAGAAAAAUAAAUACUUCAUUGUGACAUAAAGUACGUACAUAAACUGCGGAAGAAUCCAG